GUGCCACCAUAUGAAUGUGCUCUUUUUGAGCUCUGUAAUUAACAAAAUCUGAGUUACAUUUUGUUCUUAAUUACUUCCAUAGAUGUUUAUUGUAUUUAUGUAUGCAAUGUAGAUGCCAUUGUGUCUUUUCAGAGCUUAUUUUGACCUAAAAUCUCUGGAGGAGAGUAUAUUCUGUCACUGUACAGGGACUUCCACAUGUCUUAAGAACUGUGCAAGCAAUCACAAAUUUAACUAUCGGGAUAGGUUUUUUUCAUUUGAUACCUGUGAAUUUUCUGCAAUCCAAAGAUGGCAGCAAAUAAACCUAAAGGACAGAAUUCCUUGGCUUUACACAAAGUCAUCAUGGUGGGAAGUGGUGGUGUGGGAAAAUCUGCUUUAACACUACAAUUCAUGUAUGAUGAGUUCGUUGAAGACUAUGAGCCCACCAAAGCAGAUAGCUACAGGAAAAAAGUGGUUCUGGAUGGGGAAGAGGUCCAAAUUGAUAUAUUGGACACAGCAGGGCAGGAGGACUAUGCUGCAAUUAGAGACAACUACUUCCGAAGUGGAGAAGGCUUCCUUUGCGUCUUCUCUAUUACAGAGCUGGAAUCCUUUGCAGCAACCGCAGACUUCAGGGAACAAAUCUUAAGAGUAAAAGAAGAUGAGAAUGUUCCUUUUUUGCUAGUUGGUAAUAAAUCAGAUUUGGAAGAUAAAAGGCAAGUUUCUGUAGAGGAAGCAAAAAACAGAGCUGAUCAGUGGAAUGUUAAUUAUGUGGAAACAUCUGCAAAAACACGAGCUAAUGUUGACAAGGUGUUUUUUGAUUUAAUGAGAGAAAUUAGAGCCAGAAAAAUGGAAGACAGCAAAGAAAAGAAUGGGAAGAAGAAAAGAAAAAGCCUAGCUAAGAGGAUCAGAGAAAGAUGUUGCAUUUUAUAAUCAGAGCCUGGAUUCCUUUCCUACCCUGACCAUACUAAUAAAAACCAUAAUUUAUAAGCAUGCCAUUGAAGGCUGAAGUGACUGAAAUUACCCUAAUGUGUUGGAAAAUGUAAUGUACCACUAAAAGCAUGAAUUGGAGCUGCACUGAAAGUCAAAUUCACUGAAAACAAAUUAUGUGGCUUCAAGAGAAGCAAAGUUCAGUCCAUUUCAUAAUUGCCUACCUUCUCACAUUUCUUCUGAAUGUAGUAUUUCAUAGGCAGUCUUUUCUUUAAUAGUGAACAGAGGGGCGAAGUAUUACUUUGUGGGUUCUUAUAAAGCAUAAUUUUUUAUCACUGGUAAUUGUCAAUUCAUCUUGUCUUUUGUUGCCUUGAAAAUUACAAUUGUGAACAUGGUACCUACCAAAGCAGCAUGCAGCUGUUUUGCCAUGGAGUUAUGCAAAUUAGAAAAGAAUAAUGUAUCUGCGAACAGUUACGUUGAGGAGAACUGCGUUUCCUGAUUAGUUUAGAAGAGCGAUAUAAACUUUUACAUUGAAAUAUUUGAAUAUGCCUUAAUUUUAAAACCCAAACAUAGCAGGUUGCUUAAAUCAAGGGUGUAUUUUCAACUCUGUUGCAUGGAGAACUGUCCCUGCACAUCAGCGCGAGGCUGCCCUCUCUGAGGAGCGCAGUUACAUGAAUGAUUUUGCUAACUAGCUGUCUGCUAGCAGUGUCUGUUCUUUAAAUGUGUGCCAUACUCUGGUAUUGUGAAUAAUACAGAGCAUAUUCUGUCAUCCAUAAUUUGGUAACAGUAUGGUAUCUUAACUUAAAAGGUCAGAAUACGUGUAAGACUGAAGUCGUAAGCCUAUGGCACAUCUAAGCCUGGAAUGGUCGUUUAAAAUUUAAUGUGCUGGUACCUUGAAACUUCCCUUUUGCGCAUAGAUUUUUGUCUAGAUGUUCCUUGGGUUUUAACUCCCUGGAAUUGGGUGGAGUGGGGCUAAUCUAGUAGCGCUAAUGUGUUUUAAGAUGUUGUCUGGCAAAAUUCUGGUUAAUUUCUUUUGUGUUCCUAAUACUCAGCUAUGGGAACACGGUGUGUUACGCUGAAGCUCUUUGCAGGUUUUGUACUGUUUAAUCUAUGUUGAUUUUCAAAUGGGGAACAGUGUAGCUACUUUUUUCUAGUUCACGUUGAUAUCAAACAAUCAAACAUGCUUUGCAAUACAGAAACAUUUAACACGCGCAUCCAAAAUCCCCAAACAAAACAUACUGCCUCAGUUGCUUCGGAACAGCGAGAAUACUAGCACACGGUUAGUAUGCCACAUCCUGACUAAAAAAAAAUACCAGAAUGUUUGAGGGUUUUGGACUCCUCUGUGGUGAGACGGGCUAGAUCAAUUCCACAAACUGUUAUACUUUUUAUACAUGUGUAAGCCUAUAACUGACAGUUUAAAAUGUGCUCAAGCAAACUAGGUAACAAAUAUUUAACUUUCAUGCUAACAGACGUUUUAGGGACUCAAGUCUUAGAAGUUAUAUUUGUCAUGUUAAAUAUUUAUCAAUAGGAAUUUUGUAUGUGCAUUUAGUAGACUGCCAAGUGCAGAACUAAAGUUACUCAUGUAACUGGCAAAUAAAGCCAGUCUUCAUCUUACUGUGUACUCAUUUGGGUCUAUUUAGCCAGGGAGUCUAACCACUAACAUUGUGACUUUGCUUUGGAACCUGUAUACUGGGAACUGAGGUGUUAUGAAGCCACAGGACACAUGAAAGCUGUCUUGGCUGAUGCCUUAUCCUGUCCUUUUAUUUGCUAUUUGAGCCAUUGAAAGAUGAAUAAACUUCCAUUUUUCUAAAAUA